ACUGUGGUUCCCUGGCCCUCCCCUCCAAUGGAGCAGUGGACACAUCCUCUGGAACCACCUUCAUGAUGACUGCUAUACCUACACCUGUAACACUGGAUACAACAUUGUUGGUAGUCAGAACAGAUUUUGUGGAGCAACUGGAACAAGUGGAGCAACUACACUAAGUGAUGGAGUUUGGAGUCUAGCUGCACCAGUUUGUGAAAUUGUCAACUGUGGAGCAUUUGCUGACCCUUCCAAUGGAGCAGUGGACAUAUCCUCUGGAACCACCUACCUCCAAAGAGCUACCUACACCUGUAACACUGGACACACUCUGACUGGUGUAGAUAUGACUAGAACUUGUCAAGUUAAUGGAAUAUGGAGCUCCAGUGAACCUACCUGUGAAUUCAUUGUCUUGUCCAUUGGAGGCACUGCAUACACUAACAACACAGCUCUGUCCUUCUCCCUCAUUGAAGAGGGCUCCUCUGCCCUCACCUGUCACACUGAGCUAUCCACCUGCUGCAGGGAACAAGACAACCUCAAUGGAGGGGCUCUCGGAGGGUGGAGAGGACCAGAUGGGAACAGUAUUCCCAAAGCAAGCAAUGCUUGUUCUUCAGAAGGAUUAUAUGUCACUAGAGGCAUCAGCACUAUCAGCCUGAAUCUUCGUGGCACUGAAAUACUGGCAGGAGGUGUCUACUGCUGCACUAUUCCCAGAGCUGGUGGUAUCACUCAAACAUUCUGUGUGAACGUGCAGUUUCCUAUACCAGCAACUGAGCCAGCCAGUACAUACAUUGAUGGACGAUCAGUGGACCAAAGUGGCCAACUUGAAUUUAGCACUGUGACCACAGAAUCUGAAAUUAGCUUUUGGCUAUCAGCUCAGCUUUCACCUAUCAGCUAUCAGCUUUCAGUCAUUCGAUUGGCGUCACCCACUGAGCCUCCUGAUACUGACCACACUGGAGAGAUUAUCUCAUUCUCUGAUGUUGGAUCAGGAGUUGCUACUAACCCACCAGCCUGGUAUUGCUACACCAACCCUGGUGGUGCAGCGUGGAAGCUCCCUAAUGGGGAUUCAUUGCCCGUAGUUGGCGACAGGGCUGCAGUUGGGAAUGAACUAUUCAUCAAUGUCCUGAUGGAGAACACUGCUGUGUGA